AUGAAUCAAAUCAUACGAGAUUUACGUUUUAAUCGAUUUUAUUAUCAACCUGCAAUAUGUCCGCAAGAUAAGAUCGGUACUGAUGUACAAACUACUUUGAUUGAAAAUUUAUCUAAUGAAAUAUUUUAUAUGAUAUUCGAUUAUCUUGAUGGUUGUCACGUCUAUCAUGCAUUUUUAAAUCUUAAUGAACGUUUUCAACAACUCGUUAAAUCUUCAUGUUGUCUACUUAAAAUUAGAUUUCGUUUAGCAUUGUCAAAAAAAAAACAUACGAAUAAAUGGAAACAAUAUAUAGUUUUAAAUAAACAACAAAUAUUUUCGAUUCAUAUGUGGCCUCCAUCACGUACAGAUCAACUUUGUGCAGAAUUUACUAUCAACUCAACAUUUUCUCGUCUCGAAUCACUUGUUCUUGGAGGAAUGCCUUCAGACCAAAUUAUAUCACUUCUUAUCGAGUUACCUUGUCUACCACGUCUUUUUUCAUUAACUAUCCGCGAUAUAAAGGAUCGUUUGAAAGAUCUAACGAAUAUUUAUCAAAUGGUUUUCACUUUACCUUUAUUGAAAUAUUUUAAAUACACAACAAAUGAUGUAGAUACAUCAACUUCAUUGUCACCGGCUACACAUAAACAAUUUAGUACUAUUGAACAUAUGGUUAUGAGCCAUUGUUGUACUUUCGAACAACUUUCGAAUAUCGUAUCUUAUACACCCCAACUUCGUCGAUUAUAUUUUUCACAUGCAUACGAAAUUGAUCUGAGUUAUGAAACCACAUUACCUGUAACAUUACUAAAUUUGACAUAUUUACGUAUACGUAUUCGUCAUCUAUUAUUUAAUGCAUUUGAAGCAUUUAUUAGAGGAAUGGAUUCCAAAUUAAAAGUUUUAUAUGUUUGUGUGGGUUAUGAAGAUAGUUCUUAUCUUGAUAGUGAUCGAUGGGAAGAAUUAAUUAUAAAAUAUUUACCUCACUUGGAAAAAUUUUCCUUAGUAAUUCAUGAAUAUCAGGGACGUGUUUUAAAUCCGUCUCCAUAUAUAGAAGAACCAAUUCAAUUCAAUUCAUCAUUUUGGAUCGAGCGACAAACGACAGUUAAUACUGAAAACGAUGAAGGAUUAAUUAAGUAUUCAAUUCAACCACUGAAAAAACGAUGGUAUGAAGAUACACAAGAUAAAAUUAUUAAUUCGUUUGUUAAACAUUCUCAAUCUAAUCAAUUCAUUCUCGAUCUAUAUACUAUUCCUGGUAGAGACAAUUAUGAAGAACUAAUCGAGACAAUCAAUUAUAUUUUAUUUGUUUCGCUAUUUUAUCAUCUUGAAAUUCCCUAUGAUACGAUUUUUACUGGUUUAUUAAUUCAAAUACUUGAUGUAUUACCUCAACUCAUAUCACUAAAACUUCUUUCUUUAUCAUUCAAUAAACCAAGAAAAUUAUCUUUACAAGAAAUUGAUAUUCUUUCUUCAAGAAAAAAUACAAGUCAAAUUAAAUAUGUUUAUUUGAAGAAGAUGAUUACAAUUGAAGAUAUUGAUUUUCUUAUGAAACUUUGUCCUUCGAUGGUAUAUCUCAGAAUAGAUUAUGCAUAUAAGAACAAUGCUGAAAGUUUUGUACGAAAUAUUUUGAAGAAAAUUGAUUGUAAAUUAAAUGAACAUCUUCAUGUAUUGUGUUUUCAUAUUCCAAGAGCUGAUAAUGAAAUGAUAAAAAAAUUCGAAAACAUGAUUGAUUCGGAAAAAUUACUUAUUAAUUACACAAUUCAACGUGCCGGUGAAAAUAUUUAUUUACAAUGGAAAUGA